AUGAAAUCAUUAAGGAAGGACAUCUAAAAACUAUAUCCAUAAUUUAAUGUUAUGGAGGUGCUUCGAUGUAAUAAAUUCAAAAAAACUAUUAUCCUUAAAAGACUUAAUAAACCUUACAUCUUGAGGUUGUACAGUUUAGAGGAAAUUAACAAGAACACAGUAACUUCUCUAUUACAAUUUAUCGAUAAACUAUCGAAAACUUGCAAUCCUCAUCUAGUUAAAUUUUAUGAAGCCUCGCACGAUGCAGAUAAUACUUAUUUAGGGUACUUUGAUGUAUAAUUAAAAGAGUAAUAAGCGAUUAUCACGACACACAAUAUUAAUGUCCUUUAAAGGAAUAAGAAAUCCUAAAGGUUCUAAUUUAGGUAUUUUUAAUAGAAAUUACUAGAUUUGUUCAGCACUUGAAUUAUUCCAUCCGAAGCAUCCUCAUGGAAAAAUCAGUUUAUCUAAUAUAUUUUGUUCUUAGCAAACUACAAUCUUGGGAGAAAUGAAUAUAUUAUAAUAUCUUUAUUAAGAAAACUAUUAAGAUAUAUAUUUAUUAGCUCCAGAAUUUGUAAAAGCAAGAAAAUAUGAUUGUAGAUCUGAUAUUUGGAUGCUAGGAGUUUUAGUUUAUUAAUUAAUGUUUAAGGAAUAACCAUUUAAAGCAAACAAUAUAAGUGUUUUACAUAAAUAAAUACCAAAAGGAAUUAAAUUUACGUAUCAUCCUUAAUAUAGUCUGAAUUUAAAUAAUUUAUUAAGAAUAUUACUCUGUUAUGAUCCUGAACUAAGACCCUCAAUUAGUUCAGUUAAACUUUUUGCUGAAUAAACCUUGAUAACCCCUGAAAAAUGUGAUUUUUUCUAAAUACUAUCAAAAUAUAAGAUUGAUUAGAUUGUAUUACAAUAAAAGAAAAAGGAACCAAGGCGGAAUAUAAUGGAAAAUUAAAUCUACUUGAAUAAUAAGGUUUUGAAAUAUCCUUCAUUUAAACCUUCAAAGAUUUUAAAAUCAGAGAAGAAGAUUAAAUUUACAAACCUCUCUCCUCAGCAUUAGGGAGACAACUUUAGUAAUAAUGACAGUUGUUUAGAAAUCAAAUAGUAAUUAGCCACUCUUCAUAUGGAGUUGAUGGAAAGCAAAAAAAAUUUAUCUUUUACUGAGAAAUACUCUCAAUCAUCAAAAAAGCAAUUGAAUUAAACCUAGAUUUCUUAAAAACAGAAUUCAAGAGAUUAAGAGUAUGUUUACCAUGUCCAAUUACCAAAAGUUGUAUAGUACUCAUUUAACAAAAUAAUAUUUGGUAAUGAGUCAAGUCCUAUCCAAUAAAAAGAAUAGUAAUAUCUUUGAUAUUUUAGAUAAACUGGAAGUACAAAUAAAUAAAAUCAAUAUUCGGAUAAAAAUUUUGAAUAUAGGAUUACUAGAUCUCCUCUGAAAGUGUUAAUUAGUUCUAAGAUCGAAUCUGCUUAGAGAUCUUUCAGUUAGAGAUAAUGA